UAGAACCAAUUGGCAAAACUUGAUGUGAGCUCCAGUUGCAGCUCAUAAGCUGAACCCCCUCAGAGUGAAGUGUAUAUCAUAUGGCUGCCUUUUCAUCAUGACCUGACCUGAUAAUAUCAAAGGUUCUAACAAUCUUCCACACCAAGUCUGCUAAACGCCUAAGUCAUAGGAAUCCAGAGAUUUUCGUGAGAAGAAUCUGGAGAGAAAAUACAUGGAAUCCUUCAGCUUCAACCAUCUGGAGAGCAAAGACUACAGACAACGCUAACGAGUUAAAUGGACUGGAGAGAACGAGCGAGCAUCUGUGAACAGAAGCUACCUACGAUGCAGCCAUACCCUUCACCCAGUGACAUCAGCAGCCAGGGAUCAUGCAAUCGGUACCCCCAAAAUCAUAUUGAUGAUACACCAAUGAGAAUUAAGUUUAUUUGUAACUUUGGUGGUAGAUUCUUACCAAGGCCAAGUGAUGGCCAACUCCGGUAUGUUGGAGGUGAGAGGCACUUGAUUAAAAUUAGCCGGGACAUUUCAUGGCAAGAGCUCAUCUGCAAGACAACAAAGUUAAUAAGGCGACCUCAUAUGAUCAAAUACCACCUACCAGGGGAACAAAUGAACAUGCUCAUUUCCAUCACAGGUGAUGAUGACCUUCGCAAUAUGAUUGAUGAGUGCAUUGUGCUACAACGAACCAAGGCAUGGUUGACGGUAUACCUUUUCGCUGACAAUGAUGAUGAGAGACAUGCAUGUUCCGUGUUAGGAAGCUCAUCCAAUACAGACAAGGAGGCACAAUUCAUCGCUCUAGUCAAUGGGCUUGUCAGACCAGAUGAAGAAUUGAGAAUCCAGAGCUUGAGAAGCGCAUCAAUCAAUGACCUUGGUCAACUGGUGCUUGACAUCAAUGAGGAAAGAUUGCCGACAAAUAGGACGAACAAAGCUUCGCGGUACCUCAAAAGUAAGCUCUCACAGAACACCAUCACAGUACAGCCAAAGACGUCACGGGAGAAGCUGGAGAACAUACCUCCAAGUUCCAAAACAGCGUUCACCAACCAAGGUUACAAGGCACCAAGCAAUGAAAGUAACCCACCCUGUACUGCCAGAAAGACAAAUAGUGCUCACCUUGGCUCCUCUGUACCUUCUGAAUCCACGUCCAUAGGUACGGUAGAAGCUGGUGCUCAUGCUGUCUCAAGGCAUCAUCGAGGACUGCAGCAGACUGCUACAAACAUGUCUAGAAAGAGCAACCAAGCUACAGAAGAUCAGGUAAAAGGAUCACCAAGAAAACAGCGUCUGAUACCAGUAGAAAACAGAGCUGAGAAGGUAAUGUCAUCAAAUUCAAACAAUAAAAACCCAAUGGCGCAAAUACCUGUGUAUCAAAAGUCUGCAUCCUUGUCAGGGGUUUCAGAGAAAACAGUCAACCAACCCAUAAACUCUGAUAAUAACAAGAUGAAACUAAGAACAUAUAGCACCCAAGAAGAAGCUAAACAUAGUCUCUCAGCAUCCCAUAAUAAGACAGAGAUGUCUAAACAUAGUCAUGACUUUGGUACUCAUCUGCGAUGCCAAGAUGAUAUGAACAAAAUCACAAACCUGCAUAUUCUGGAGAAGCCAAUUACAACCAGCAGCAGGGAGAAGCAACAGCCUGCUGUCACGUGCACAGACAUUUUGAAGAGAAACCAUCCUCCUGAACCUACCAGAGGAGAAACAGUACGUUCCUGUUCUUCUCAAUCGUCAGACAAGACAAUUGAGCUGCAGAAAAAUAUUCUAGUGAGAUAUUCAAGUGAGAGACAACAAGAACGACCCAACAGUCCAAAGCCAGAUGAAAAUUUAUCAACAGCCCGAUCUCGAUCUGUUGGUGCCGAUAGGAUUAGCCCACAGAUCAUAACUCCACAGCAAGAAUCUAAAGGCAUUGCUGCACCAUUAAUCAGAGAGCUUGAGAUAUGUGAGACCAAGGACAGUGAGCAAGCUUUACCUGCAAAUGCAGUACUGGGGAGAGAACUAAUAAGUAAUGUCCAGAUAAUAAACAAUGUGGACCUUGAAGAUCUCCGUGAGAUUGGCUCUGGUGCAUUUGGGACUGUUCUUCAUGGAAGAUGGAAGGGGACGGAUGUUGCCAUUAAGCGGAUAAAAAACAGUUGCUUUAUGUAUCCAUCAUCUCAGGCCGAUAAACUGAUCACAGAAUUUUGGAGAGAGGCUGCUAUCAUCUCAAAACUUCACCACCCAAAUAUUCUCGCACUUUACGGUGUUGUAAACAAUGGACCUGGGGGAACAUUAGCUACUGUAACAGAAUUCAUGAUCAACGGAUCCCUCAAGAAAGUCCUUCACAAAGACAAAUGUCUUGAUUGGCACAAGCGUAUAAUGCUUGCUAUGGAUGCAGCCAUUGGAAUGGAAUACUUGCACUCCAAGGACAUUGUCCACUUUGAUCUGAAGUGUGAUAAUUUGUUAGUGAAUAUUAAGGAUCCUUCUCGUCCCAUAUGCAAGCAGGUGGCUGAUUUUGGUUUAUCAAAGAUGAAACAAGCCACCCUUGUUUCUGGUGGAAUGAGAGGAACUCUUCCCUGGAUGGCCCCAGAAUUGCUGACAAUGAAUGGCACAAAAGUAUCUGAAAAGGUUGAUGUAUAUUCGUUUGGCAUUGUGAUGUGGGAAAUUCUGACUGGUGAGGAUCCAUAUGAUGGCAUGCACUAUGGAGGAGUCAUAGGGGGUAUUUUGAGUAACAAACUGAGGCCACCAGUGCCUACUUCAUGUAACCUGGAAUGGAGGAAACUGAUGGAGCAGUGCUGGUCAACUGAACCUGAGCAACGACCUUCCUUCACUGAAGUUGCAAUCCGUCUUCGUUCCAUGCUGGACGCAAGCCAAAUUGUGACUCCGUAGUUAAUUAACAUAGCGACAACUCUCUUUCUGUAUAUCUAUCAUUUUAAGUAUGCCACAAAAAUGCAAAUAUUAAUGUUCUUAUAUUAUCACUUCUCAGUAUACAACUGUAAAACUCUACCAAGCCACAGCUGACUAUGACAGGUAACUUUCAAUCUGGUCCUCAACUAUCUUUUACAUGCAUGUAUAAACAGCAUGCAACUGCAGGGAAAAAAGAGUAAACAGA